AUAUUCUUAUCUAUAGGACUUUUAUUGCUUAGAGUYUUCUCGUUUGUCAUUCCUAUAAUCUUCAUUGUUGAUUAUUUCUUUGGAGACAUUCUUCGAGAUCAGUUCACAUGUAAAGAAGCUAAUGCUAAUAAAACUAUCCAAGGAAUCUCAAAAGAGAAACUYCUUGAACUAUGCCUUCCSACCUUUGGCCCUAAAAUSGAGAWAAUGUUUCAAGUUACCUUGUCGUGGCUUGCGGCAUUUGUCAUUUCGUACUACCUUAGCACUGUAGUCAGAAACCGAACGCCAAAAUACCUUUUAACGGUACUCUAUCGCCUGUCAGGAUUUGGAUUGGCCAUGGUUUUUCUUCCUUGGUUUCUGGAAAUGUAUCGAAGCUUUACACCUUCCUGGYCCAAGUAUUUGUUACUGAUAGUGAUCGUGGUAAUAUGGCUGUUUUUUCCUGCAUUAAGAGAAAAYGCAUUAUAUGCGUUAUUUAUUUUCCUGUUCGCGUACAGUAUAAAAUGGUAUGUUUAUGAGACACCAGUAGCUGAUGUCAAAUAUACACACGAGCUGUACAUGAUGCUGGUUUGGGUUUCAGCGGGUCUUUUGUGGAUUCAUCCAUAUUUGGGAAUGCUGCAGAUGUUUGGCUCUCAUCUAUUCGUAGAGUGGAGACUAAUAAGGACGUAUUUUUCUGAUGAGAGUAGAACGGCUGGCAUUUGGUUCAACUCUUCCCCUUUAACUUUGGCGGACUUGAAGGGCAUGCAAKCAGAAUARCAAUCKAACGUUACKGUUAAUAACUGGCGUAAAACAAACGCCCAAUARGAAAAGGACUACGAGGUMCUCACCCUCUCCCCCACCGUCAUUGAGAGGAUAGAUCGCAAGCAAGAUGAUGUAGAGUUUAGUUCAAAGGGAUUUAUCACACCAAAAGACAUUCGAUUGUCUUCUGCUAUGAUCACAUCUGCUUCCGCAUCGUCAUACGAUGAUGGUAAAUUGAGAGAUUCUAAUAAAUCCUCWCGCGAGAUAAGAAUUGCAUUUGGUCUUGGAUAUGGAAACAAUUUAGUAGUACAGAAAGGACUCACCAAACCCUGGAUGCCAUGGGUCGUAACCUCAUUUCUUCAAGUGGUUUUUGGCUUCAUUAUUAUUUCAAUCCCCGUAGCAUUACACUUCAAAGUGCUAGAAGAUGUUGAUUAUUGGUACAGAGUUCUGAUGUUACUGCUUAUUAUCCUAUUCUUGCUUUGUGCUUUGAUUGCCAUAAUGCCAAUUGGACGGAAAGGAUUCAUUUCCACACUAACCAGGUGGUGCAUCAUCAACAUCCUUCACGUGAGACUCAUGCGAACUAUAUUUGACAUAACUGAUGUCGGACCCACACCCCCUCCUGUCRUGUCUCUCAGRGAUGGCGGUCACACMGAGAARCUYGGUCUSCUUCCUCUGCUGAAACUCCGCCUGCCACGUAURGUGYUCGUAAAUGGAGGUGCCGUGGGACGUGGUAGGAGUUAUGCRACAGAUCUUCUWAAAGCUAUAAAGCAAGCUCGGGAGAAGCUACGAUGCUCUUUUUCUGGACURAGUGGUCGGGACAUUGUCGAGGAUAUUCGUGAUCAUUUCGUGGAAACAGAAAAGGGUAAACAGCCGAGAAGUUAUCGAUUCAAGAUUCAGUAUUAUGAAAAAGAUGGUUAUGAKAGCAAGCUUGUUGGUGAAGGAGAGGUUUUGAUMUUAAUGCCAAGACACCCAGACGAUGGAAUMAAACAAUUUCAAGAUUAUAAAUGGAGUGAUUUUGAUGGUGACGUCAAACUAGAUUUGGACGAGUKCCUUUGGGGUCCAGGACCAGCUUUGAAGACCUCAGAAGCWGAUCGUKUGUCAGGWUGRUGCUGUGAAUGRUGUCACUSGAAGCCAUUCAAUUACAURCUGAAAUUUGCGAUGMCUGGAUUUCCUUUUAAUUCGUCGUUAAAUCCAAUGUACACUCCCUCUCAGUUUAGUGCAUACCACAGGGAAGGCUAUCACGCAUGCGUGGAGGCUGAAGCAGAAAAAUUUCUUGAAAAAGAUCAAAGUCUUYAGGUUGUUACAAGUCAACCUCAGGGCUUCCCCACACCGACKACAGUAAUAGACGUUACAGAGUUUUGAAAAGUAUUUCAUGCCUGAUCGUAAUGUUAAUCGAUAAGUAACUUUUUAGUAUUUGGACAACAUGUAGAAAACUAUGAAUACCAAAAAGGCUGCAUUGUUCAUCACUAACGUUAAUAUACUACAGUUAUAAAAGAUUUUAAA